GUGGCAGGACCUGGUGGUGGGGGCUCCCUACUACUUCGAGAGGAAGCAGGAGGUGGGGGGCGCGGUGUACGUGUACAUGAACGAGGUGGGGGGCUUCCAGCUGCACCCCAGCCUGGUCCUCACCGGCCCCAGCUACUCCGGGUUCGGCUUCGCCCUGGCCAGCAUUGGGGAUGUCAACCAGGAUGGAUUCCAGGAUAUUGCUGUGGGGGCUCCUUUUGAGGGGUAUGGGAAGGUCUACAUCUACCACAGCAGUGCUGAGGGGCUGCAGGACAAACCCCGGCAGGUGAUCAGUGGGUCAGACCUGGGCCCCACCAAAAUAAAGACCUUUGGGUACUCGCUGAGUGGGGGGCUGGACGUGGACGACAAUUCCUACCCGGAUCUCCUGGUGGGCAGCUUGAACGAGCGGAUCAUCCUGCUCAGAGCUCGCCCCGUGAUCAACAUCCUGGACAAGACCUUCACGGUGACCCCCAGCAAGGUGGACCCCGCUCAGUGCACACAGAAGUCCUG